AGGAGACUCCAGAUACAAUUAGGAGGAAAGACACAAUAAAAGGCCACUGUUGCUGACUGUCUCACUAUUGGUGUGUGCAGUUUGGGAGCAAUGGCAACUACAAGGGUAAGUUUAGCACUUGUGGGGCUUUUUCUGGUCUUCAACUAUGUGAGCAGUACACCUGCAUCCCCGCAAGCUGUAAAAAUGCCACCUCAAGCUCCUCAGCUUCCUGGGAAGCCUACUUUGCAGCCACAGAUGCCUGGCCAGGUUGUGAAAUGCCAAGUGCAAGACUAUGAAAGGGUUCCUUGUGGAGAACCUGGCAUCAACGGUGAUCAGUGCACCACUAUAAACUGCUGUUUUGAUGGCCAACAGUGCUAUUAUGGGAAGAUGGUGACUGUCCAGUGUACCCUUGAUGGCCAGUUUGUGCUGGUGGUGGCCAGAGAUGCAACAGUUCCCAGGAUAAGCCUGGAGUCCAUCAGCAUGUUGGGAGGAAACCUUGGACCCUGUAGUCCUGUUGACUCGAAUACAGCCUUUGCUAUAUACCAGUUUCCUGUAACUGCUUGUGGGACGACCAUGAUGGUACAAGGUGGCUAUGUGGUCUAUGAAAACAGGAUGCUCUCUUCCUAUGAAGUUGGGGUUGGACCCCGAGGAGCAAUCACCAGAGACACUCACUAUGAGCUUUACUUCCAGUGUAAAUAUUCAGGUGUUAGCUUGGCCACUCUGGCUAUUGACCCUUCAGCCAAUGCUGAUCCUCCCUCCAUUGUUGCUUCUGGACCACUCCAAGUAGAACUAAGACUAGGAAAUGGUCACUGUGUUGCAAAGGGGUGUGCGGAAGGUGAGAAACUUGUCUGGAUAUUAGCAUGUAGUCUGACUUGUCAGUGGUUUGAACAGGAUUUGAUUUCCCCCCUCUGCCACCCAACAGAUGAAGUAGCCUAUACCUCGUACUACAGUGCUGCUGACUACCCUGUGACUAAGGUUCUGAGGGAACCAGUGUAUGUUGAAGUGCACAUUGUGAGAAGAACUGAUCCAAAUAUUGUCCUGGUUUUGGGAGGCUGCUGGGCGACUGCUUCGACUAACCCCUACAGCCUUCCCCAGUGGGACCUUCUGGUGAAUGGGUGUCCAUACAAAGAUGACCGCUAUUUGACCAAGCUGAUCCCAGUUAAUGGGAUGUCUGGACUUGCCUACCCCACCCAUUACAGACGCUUUGUCCUGAAGAUGUUCACAUUUGUGGAUCCAGACUCUAUGGCUCCAAUGCAUGAGACGCUCUACAUCCACUGCAGUACAGCUGUAUGUCUUCCAACUGCACAAGACUCUUGUGAACCAACGUGUGCCAGAAGAAGAAGAGAUGCUGCUGCAGAAGGCUCUCCUCACACCUCAGGAGUAGUGUCUAGUGGAGCUGUGAUCUUUACCCAAAGCUCCUCACCUCAGUUUGUUUAAAGCUAUGGCAAA